AUGUCUACUAUUAGGAUAGUUCUGCUCCCUGAUUGGCUGUGUGAGGAGACCCCCAUCAACAAGUCCUUCUUCCUGCACAGCCGUCCCGUACUUGAGUGGAAGCCAUGGAAGACAAUGAGAGUUCAGAGGUCAUGAAGACAGCAUGGGAGGUGUCAUCUCUCAACUCUACAGAACUUCAGCAAUUUAUGGCGGUGACCUUGCCGGGAACCAUCAAACUGUCACUCAGCCAGACACAUCCGCCACCCUCCUGGCUCCACUCUCUGCUCUUUCUGCGCUUCCAGAACCCCGCCCUCUAUGCUGGUUGGCUACAGACUCUGUCACAUAACUCCACCUUUAGCGUCUUGAGCCACUGGGGCUGCUCCACCCUCCUAAUCACCAUCAAUCCAUCCAACCAAUCCCAGAUCUUUUCUUUGCACCUCCCACACUACGCCACCAAAGCACAACUCCUGCUGUCCACCCAGCGGGGCCACUCUGGAGGAAUGAUGGUCGAAGACAGCGUGCUGUUGGCUCCAGGAGAGGCCCAACUACUCCGCCUGACAACGCAAGAGUGA